AUCAUUGCAGAGAGGCUGGUAGUGGUGGUGAGCGCUCUCUCUCCGCAGGGCCACAGACUGACUACUCCCCUUUCUCUCCAAUAUGGACAGGACGCGGCCGAUUCUGCACUCUAUUUUCUAACGAGGCGCGACGCGAACUACGCCCGUUCUGGAGCAUCACAGAUGGGAUCGAUCAUAUGUGAAGAUUUAACCCCGUGAGAUCUGGAAUAUACGCACCUUUUACCUUUUGAUGCGGUCUCCGAAACUACGGCAGCGCCCGCGUUUCCUGCGUUUCUUCCGGCUGUUGCAGCAUCCCAGUCGAACCCCGUUUCCGAGCCGUUCGAUCCGCUUUGAUUAUCGAUUAUCGGUGCUGGUAUCAUGUUUCUUAGGUAGGGCCCGGAUGUUCCAAAGAUGCACUGGUUCGUUUUCUUAGGUGGUUCCUGCGAAUAUCCUUUCCUGAUCUUUAGCUCUAUAAUGGGGAUCAGGUAAUAUUAACUAAGCCGCAAGAGAAGGAAUAUCGUGCGCUUUGCGUUCUUCAUUUUUUCUUUCCCCCCUUUUUUCUUUGAUUUCUUUCCCCUGGGUUGCUUUUUUCUACCCCUCCUUUUUAACAACCUUUUUUUCUUCAUUCACCUUCGGAUAAAGCCGGACUACAUAUAUGGUAAAUGAAAGCAAAAACAUGUACAUCCCGGAGGACACCCUUGAAAACCAUCAAGGCUCCAACUACUCCAGCCCGUCGUUGGCUCCGGUCGCCAGUCUGAAUGAGGAUGAGCGGGUGGGGGGUGGGGGUGGGGUUCUGGGUCUUGCACCUGAACACAUUCCCACCCCUGGCGCCCCCCUCAGCUGGCAGGCGGCCAUCGACGCGGCGCGGCAGGCCAAGCUCAUGGGCACCAGCGGAGCCCCGAUCUCCACCGUGAGCUCCACGCAGCGCAAACGCCAGCACUACGUCAAACCCAAGAAACAGGCCAGCACUGCCUCCACACGCCCACCCCGAGCCCUUCUCUGCCUCACUCUUAAAAAUCCCAUCCGCAGGGCGUGCAUCAGUGUUGUGGAAUGGAAACCGUUUGAAAUUAUAAUUUUGAUGACUAUUUUUGCAAACUGUGUGGCCUUAGCUGUCUACAUCCCUUUCCCUGAAGACGACUCCAACGCAACCAACUCUAACCUGGAACGUGUGGAGUAUCUUUUUCUCAUUAUUUUUACGGUGGAAGCAUUCCUGAAAGUGAUUGCAUAUGGGCUGCUGUGUCAUCCAAACGCAUACCUGCGGAAUGGCUGGAACCUGUUGGAUUUCAUUAUCGUGGUGGUGGGGCUCUUCAGUGCAAUAUUAGAGCAGGCCACUAAAGGCGACGGUGGGACUUCAAUAGGAGGCAAGGCUGCAGGUUUUGAUGUAAAAGCUUUGCGAGCCUUUAGAGUGUUGAGACCUCUGAGACUCGUGUCUGGAGUACCUAGUUUACAGGUGGUGUUGAACUCCAUCAUUAAAGCCAUGGUUCCCCUCCUGCACAUCGCUUUGCUUGUUCUGUUCGUCAUCAUCAUCUACGCCAUCAUCGGCCUCGAGCUCUUCAUGGGCAAGAUGCACAGAACCUGCUUCUUCUUCAAAGAUGGACAAAGAGGUGCUAUAUCUGAAGAGAAGCCAGCCCCAUGCGCCCCAAGCUCCGCCCACGGACGACACUGCUCACCGCCCAAUACAACGCAAUGCAUGAUGGGAUGGGAAGGACCUAAUGAUGGAAUCACGAACUUUGAUAACUUUGCAUUUGCCAUGCUGACUGUGUUUCAGUGCAUCACAAUGGAGGGCUGGACUGAUGUCCUGUACUGGAUGCAGGACGCCAUGGGUUAUGAGCUACCAUGGGUUUAUUUUGUCAGUCUGGUCAUCUUUGGAUCCUUUUUCGUUCUAAAUCUGGUUCUGGGUGUGUUGAGCGGAGAGUUCUCCAAAGAGCGAGAAAAGGCGAAAGCUCGUGGUGAUUUUCAGAAACUCAGAGAGAAGCAGCAGUUGGAGGAGGAUCUGAAGGGAUACCUGGACUGGAUCACACAGGCGGAGGACAUCGACCCUGAGAAUGACGACGAAGGACUUGAUGACGACAAGCCGAGAAAUCGAAAGACUCACCGUUUACAGUACAUCCGUGGGGCAGUGAAGAAAAAAGCGGCUCUGCUUCGUAAGGCGUUGAGUAUGCCAGCUAGUGAAAAUGAGUCUGUGAACACUGAUAAUGCUCCAGCUGGAGAUAUGGAAGGAGAAACCUGCUGCACUCGCAUGGCAAAUAGGAUCUCCAAAUCCAAAUUCAGUCGAUAUUCAAGGCGGUGGAAUCGGUUGUGCCGUCGCAAAUGUCGCGCAGCCGUGAAGUCGAACGUGUUUUACUGGCUGGUGAUUUUCCUGGUAUUCCUGAACACACUAACCAUUGCCUCUGAGCAUCACCAGCAGCCAGACUGGCUCACCGAUGUACAAGAUAUCGCCAAUAAGGUGAUGCUGGCUCUCUUCACCGGUGAGAUGGUGCUGAAGAUGUACAGCUUGGGCCUACAGGCGUACUUUGUCUCCCUUUUUAACCGUUUCGACAGUUUUGUGGUGUGCGGUGGGAUUCUGGAGACCAUUCUGGUUGAGACAAAGAUCAUGUCACCUCUCGGCAUCUCCGUGCUGCGCUGCGUCCGCCUGCUCCGCAUUUUCAAGAUCACCAGGUACUGGAACUCUCUCAGUAAUCUUGUGGCAUCUCUGCUGAACUCGGUGCGUUCGAUCGCCUCCCUGCUUCUCCUGCUCUUCCUGUUCAUCAUCAUCUUCAGCCUGCUCGGCAUGCAGCUCUUCGGAGGAAAGUUCAACUUCGACGAGACGCGCCGUAGCACCUUCGAUAACUUCCCCCAGUCCCUUCUAACCGUCUUUCAGAUUUUGACGGGAGAGGAUUGGAACUCUGUGAUGUACGAUGGGAUCAUGGCAUACGGAGGGCCGUCUUUCCCCGGAAUGCUCGUCUGUAUAUACUUCAUCAUUCUCUUCAUCUGCGGAAACUACAUCCUUCUGAAUGUCUUCUUGGCCAUUGCCGUUGACAACCUGGCAGAUGCCGAGAGUCUGACGUCAGCGCAAAAAGAGGAAGAAGAGGAGAAAGAGAGGAAGAAGCUUGCCAGAACGGCUAGUCCAGAAAAGCGGCAAAACUCUGAAAAACCUCCGCUGGAGGACGAGAAAAAAGAGGAAAAGAUUGAACUGAAAUCCAUCACCUCCGAUGGAGAGACGCAGCCUGCCACCAAGAUCAACAUUGAUGAGUACACAGGUGAAGAGAAUGAGGAGAAGAAUCCAUAUCCUGUGAAUGAUUUCCCAGGAGAGGACGAAGAUGAGCCUGAAGUUCCAGUAGGACCUCGUCCUCGGCCACUCUCAGACAUUCAGCUGAAGGAGAAAGCCGUCCCCAUGCCAGAGGCCAGAGCUUUCUUUAUUUUCAGCCCCAGUAACAAGUUCAGGGUUUUGUGUCAUAAGAUUGUAAACCACAACAUCUUCACCAAUUUAAUCCUGUUUUUUAUACUGCUGAGCAGUAUUUCACUGGCAGCAGAAGAUCCAGUGAAGAAUGACUCAUUCAGGAAUCAGAUUCUAGGCUAUGCAGAUUAUGUGUUUACAGGGAUCUUCACCAUAGAGAUCAUAUUAAAGAUGACAGCGUAUGGAGCAUUCCUACACAAGGGUUCAUUUUGUCGGAAUUAUUUUAAUAUUCUGGAUCUGGUGGUGGUCAGUGUGUCUCUGAUCUCCUCUGGAAUUCAGUCAAGUGCCAUUAAUGUAGUGAAGAUUCUCAGAGUGCUCAGAGUAUUGAGGCCCCUGAGAGCAAUCAACAGGGCCAAGGGCCUUAAACAUGUGGUCCAGUGUGUGUUUGUAGCCAUCCGCACCAUCGGGAAUAUCGUCAUUGUCACCACUUUGCUGCAGUUCAUGUUUGCCUGUAUCGGUGUCCAACUCUUUAAGGGCAAAUUCUUCUACUGCACAGACACCUCUAAACAGACACAAGCAGAGUGCAGGGGUUCUUACAUAUUGUACAAAGAUGGGAACGUUGGGAAGCCAGAGAAAGCUGUGCGUUCAUGGGAGAACAGUGACUUCAACUUCGAUGAUGUUCUGCAGGGCAUGAUGGCACUGUUCGCUGUGUCCACCUUUGAGGGUUGGCCAGGGCUCCUCUACAGAGCCAUAGACUCCCAUGCGGAGGACAUCGGUCCAAUCUACAACUACCGUGUGGUCAUCUCUAUAUUUUUCAUCAUCUACAUCAUCAUUAUCGCCUUCUUCAUGAUGAACAUAUUCGUAGGUUUCGUCAUCGUGACGUUUCAGGAGCAGGGAGAACAAGAGUACAAAAACUGUGAGCUGGACAAGAAUCAGCGUCAGUGUGUGGAAUAUGCCUUGAAGGCCCGCCCCCUGCGCAGAUACAUCCCUAAGAAUCCCUAUCAGUACAAAGUUUGGUACGUGGUGAACUCCACCUACUUUGAGUACCUGAUGUUCACCCUUAUCCUGCUCAACACCAUCUGCCUGGCCAUGCAGCAUCAUGGUCAAUCUCAGUCUUUCAACAAAGCCAUGAAUAUCCUUAAUAUGUUAUUCACCGGGCUCUUCACUGUGGAAAUGAUACUCAAACUCAUCGCCUUCAAACCCAGGGGUUACUUUAGUGACCCCUGGAAUGUUUUUGACUUCCUCAUCGUUAUUGGCAGCAUUAUAGACGUCAUUCUGAGUGAGAUCAACCAUUAUUUUGUUGAUGCAUGGAACACGUUUGAUGCCCUUAUUGUAGUGGGUAGUAUUGUUGAUAUAGCCAUCACAGAGGUUAACCCAGCUGACCCCUCCUCCUCUCCCCCUUCCUCUGUGGUAAGACCAAUGGGCCUUCAAAACACAGAAGAUAAUGCCAGGAUCUCAAUCACAUUCUUUCGGCUGUUCCGCGUGAUGAGGCUGGUGAAGCUUCUUUCCCGGGGAGAAGGCAUUCGGACACUGCUCUGGACCUUCAUUAAAUCCUUUCAGGCUCUUCCCUAUGUUGCUUUGCUUAUCGUAAUGCUGUUCUUCAUCUAUGCCGUCAUUGGGAUGCAGAUGUUUGGUAAAAUCGGCCUGAGGGACAACAGUCAGAUCAACCGAAACAACAACUUUCAGACGUUUCCUCAGGCUGUUUUGCUGCUCUUCAGGUGUGCUACAGGGGAGGCAUGGCAGGAAAUCAUGCUGGCCUGUUCUCCAAACCGUCCGUGUGAGAAGGGGUCAGAGGUCGGCCAUACGAGCGAAGACUGCGGGAGUCACUUUGCCAUCAUCUACUUUGUUAGUUUUUACAUGCUUUGCGCGUUUCUGAUCAUUAACCUGUUUGUUGCUGUCAUCAUGGACAACUUUGAUUAUUUAACACGCGAUUGGUCGAUACUGGGGCCGCAUCACCUGGAUGAGUUUAAGAGGAUAUGGGCGGAAUACGACCCUGAAGCCAAGGGUCGAAUAAAACAUCUGGAUGUGGUGACGUUACUGCGCAGGAUUCAGCCUCCCCUUGGUUUUGGAAAACUCUGUCCGCACAGAGUGGCAUGCAAGCGGCUUGUGUCCAUGAACAUGCCUCUCAAUAGUGAUGGAACGGUGAUGUUCAACGCAACCCUUUUUGCCCUAGUGCGGACGGCCCUGCGCAUCAAAACCGAAGGUAAUCUGGAGCAAGCAAAUGAGGAGCUCAGGGCGAUCGUGAAGAAGAUCUGGAAGAGGACGAGCAUGAAGCUGCUGGAUCAAGUCGUUCCCCCUGCUGGAGAUGAUGAAGUCACAGUUGGGAAGUUCUAUGCCACAUUCCUGAUUCAGGAAUACUUCAGGAAAUUUAAGAAACGAAAGGAACAGGGCCUGGUGUCCAAAAUUCCCCCAAAGACUGCUCUUUCUUUGCAGGCUGGCCUGCGUACACUACAUGACAUGGGUCCUGAGAUCAGGCGAGCGAUAUCGGGUGACCUGACUACGGAGGAGGAACUGGAGAGAGCGAUGAAAGAAACCGUGUGCGCUGCGUCCGAGGAUGAUAUCUUCAGGGUAAAGCGAUCUGGUGGCCUUUUUGGUAACCACGUCAACUACUACAACCAAAGUGACGGCCAUGCAUCCUUCCCACAAUCCUUCACGACGCAGCGCCCACUGCACAUCAGCAAGUCCGGGAGUCCUGGCGAGCCAGAAUCCCCAUCACAUCAAAAGCUCAUGGACUCGACGUUCACUCCAAGCAGUUACUCUUCCUCAGGAUCCAACGCAAACAUAAACAACGCAAACAACACAAGCAUCGGACACCGGUACCCCAAACCUACCGUGAGUACGGUGGAUGGACAGACGGGGCCUCCCCUUACCACCGUCCCACUGCCACGGCCCACAUGGUGCUUUCCUAACAAAAGGACCUGUUUCUAUGACACGUUUAUGCGCUCUGAUUCCAGUGACAGUCGUCUCCCUAUAAUACGGCGAGAGGAAGAGUCUACCGACGAGACGUACGACGAAACGUUUUUAGAUGAGAGAGAUCAGACCAUGCUUUCAAUGGACAUGAUGGAGUUUCAGGAUGAAGAGAGCAAACAGUUAUCUCCCAUGGUGGAGGGGGAUGUUGGGGAGGAGAGGAGGCCGUGGCAGUCUCCACGGCGACGGGCCUUUCUCUGCCCAACUGCACUAGGUCGACGGUCUUCCUUUCACUUGGAGUGUCUGAGAAAGCAUAACAGACCUGAUGUUUCUCAGAAGACUGCACUACCACUGCACCUAGUGCAUCAUCAGGCCUUGGCCGUGGCAGGGUUGAGUCCCUUGCUGAGACGAAGUCAUUCUCCGACUUUGUUCGCACGUCUGUGUUCCACGCCCCCUGCAAGUCCGAGCGGCCGCGGUGGAGGAGGGCCGUGCUACCAGCCUGUUCCGUCUCUCCGGUUGGAGGGCAGCGGAUCCUACGAGAAACUCAACAGCAGCAUGCCGUCUGUGAACUGCAGCUCGUGGUACAGCGACAGUAACGGCAACCACAGCAGGAGCAUGCAGAGGACACAGCGACCCGUGUCCCUCACGGUUCCUCCGGUCACGCGUAGAGACUCCUUAUCCCUGGCACACGGGAGCGCCGGCAGCCUCGUGGAGGCGGUGUUGAUAUCUGAAGGCUUGGGUCGCUAUGCACAGGAUCCAUCCUUUAUCCAGGUAGCGAAGCAGGAACUAGCGGAUGCCUGCGACAUGACCAUGGAGGAGAUGGAGAACGCCGCCGAUAACAUUCUCAACGCAAACGCUCCGCCGAACGCCAACGGAAACCUGCUACCGUUCAUUCAGUGCAGAGACGCUGGUACACAGGAGUCUCGUUGCAGCCACACGCUUGGGCUCUCUUCGGCCGCGGGGUCAGACGAGCUUCUCGGGGCGGAGUUAGACCUCUCUGAGGGGGCGGGGCAACGGAACAGUGCCCUGAUAGAGGACGAGGACAUGGAGUGCGUGACGAGUUUGUAGGGGCAACAUCAGCAAGGAGGACUUCCUGCGUCUUAGCCCAACUCUCGCCGAGGACACUGCCGUCCUGCAGUCUGACCGUUUGUUGCGUGUACCUACCGUAGGGGUAUCGGGCCAUUCUGCUUAGCCGAGACUGAGUUGGUUUUUAGUUCGUCCGUGUGUUUGCGAGAGCACGAGCGAAAGUAGGCGCGUGUACAUGUUUGUGUGUGUGUUUCUAAAGUGCCUCACAGUUCUCACAACCUUGAUUGCAGUAAGAAGGAUUUGACAAGAUGCGCUGUUGACCACUGAAUGGGAUACGUCUGUCGGCGGGAGCCUGGGGGACUAGGUAGGACCGUGCCAGGCCUGUAGGAAUCCACGGCCAUCACCUCCUCCGGUCCGGAUGUACGGUGCUGGAUCCUGUGGGAAUUUGCCGUCCAGGAGCGGUCGCAAGAUUGAGGGUUGCUCAGAAAGACUUCAUUGGACAAACUGGAGUGGUGAAGCCCAAUAUAGCAGCUGUCUCACUUUUCACGGGGCUGUCCAUCAUCCAUUCAUCAGGAGAAGAGUCAUCUGCAACCACCCUUGACCUUUUACAGGGUUUUUAGUUAAGUUGCUGCUUUUUCAAUUCGAUUUCUACCCAUAAUCAGUGGAAGACUGAAUGAAACUCCCUGAAUUUCUCUCGUUUGUGUACCGUAACGGCUUUCAGGUAGCUGCCAGCUGUGAAAGGUACGGGUCAUUGCAUCAGUGGCCUUUGACUUCCCAAUCUGCUUUGUUAUUCUGCAGUUUUUACUUUCCUUUUUUUCCAGUAUUUGGUGUUCGUAACGUUUAUCUUGGAUUGCACACAGGUGGAUGCUGUUUUCUUUUCUAAAUUAUUAUUAUUAUUAUUAUUUCUAUGGAAAGCGUUUAAGAUGUUUAUGCCAGAUGCAGUGUUGUGACUCCAAUGCCUCUUACAGACAAAAAGCUAUUUAUUUAUUUAUUCCUGUCCGAGGUGGAGCGUGUUUGGGGGGGGACUGUUUCUCUCAUGUUGUUUAUUGGUAGCUCACGAGCUGUAAAUGAGCAGUAAAACUCACCUGGACGCAGGUAGCACUGAUAGGUCACGCGGUUUCCUAUGCUGCUGUUGGAUCAGACGAAACUACUGACGUUUCUUCACCGCUGAUCUCCAGAAACAAUCAGCCGACAGCGUCAACAGCAGAGGUCAGUAAAGGUGCACUUUUUGAGGAGAAGGAAGCGUUGGAGUAUUCAGGGAUGUCUGGGUAGCGCGUCAUUAAAGAAAAACAACUCUUACGUAGUUCACACAGGGCUAAAACUCAUUACGAAAGUUUCGACAUCAGCAGUGUCAUCGCCAUUACACAAUGAUUCUUUUUAACGUCAUUAUUAAUUAAUACUGUUGAUAAGGAUAUUUUUUCUGCAGGGUUUAGCACUAUAUCCAUGCAGUUACACAUGAAGAAUUACUUAUUUAUCUAUUAUGCAAAUAAUAAGGUGUUGAAGCAUACGCUUGUUGUGUGGGAUGGAAGACGUCCCCUAAACGCAUCCAUUCAUGAGAAAUGACAUUGUUGAUGUAUGAAGUGAUGGCGACCUGACCAAUCCGCUUCCAGGCUUUUUUCUGUUUGUGCCACACAAUACACCACUAUUAUACAAAUCUCUCUUUCCAUAUAUGAAUAGAUAAUGAACUAUUUUUGUCUAGUGAGUUUUACCUGGCGUUUUAUUCCAGGCCUUUUUCAAUUUUCUUUCACCGGUCAUAUGCUUUUGGUUGUGAACGAAGUUCCUUACAGGAAGUCUCGAUGCAAUGCUCGUGAAAACUAUUUGGGAAAAAUGUAGCCAGAACCCGCCUGCCCUUUCCACCACCACCACACUCCCAUAUAUCUCCUACACACGUGUGUCAUCGUGAGGCUGCCCCAGGCAUAUUUUUCGAGGCCUUGGUUGUGUAUGUGCGAGUAUCCGUGUUUGGUAUAUACGGUGCGUGUAUGUGCGGGCCGUGUUAGUGUUCGUGUUUAGUAUGAGUGCGCGUGUGCAUGCGUAUGUGCUUGCAUACCACAAGAUAUGCAAAAACAAUGCAAUAACUUUGACUGUACAACAGUUUCAUUCAGCUGUACAAAAAUCUAAGAGAGAAUUUAUUCACUGUUGUGUAUUUCGUUACAGAACUUUAAAUUUAAACCUGUCAUACUUGAAAUAGGGUGCAUUUGAGUAUUGAGUAUUUUCAAAUAAAAUAUCGUGCGGGUCGGUUUGGUUUGAUGUUUUCUUUCUGUUGGUUUAAAUUAUCUGUGCAUGAGGAUUAUUUUGGUGUGCUGAGCUUUCGAUUUACCUUUCGUUUGAAACAUUGAGGAAGCGCGAACGGUGUAAAUAAUACAGACCGAGGAGAAGAAUCGUCUUGGCGCGGAAGUGAUUUUGCAUAUCUUGUGCUCAUUCAGCUGAAAGGUGCAUGAUACGCAAGAGCGGCUCUCUUUCUUUCACUCUCUGCUCUUUUCCCUUUAUACCUUUCCAUUCGUUCACUGUUCGUCUCUUUUCUUAUGCAGACAUCACAGUGAAGUCAAAUCCUAUUACGGUGUCCCCACGUACAGGCCUGAUGGUCAUUCAUUUUCACUUUCGUUCCCUUAAUUCUCAAGUCACAUAGACAAUCUGCAUUUGGGGUUGAGAUUUAACUGAUCACAGAUCAGAGGUUUGAAGCUAAGCUUGUUUGCAUGGAGUCUAAAGAAUGGACAUAGCAGCAUACGGACUCUCCCUUCAUUAGCCAAUGAUUGUAUAUUUUUUUAUAGACUAUAGAAAAAAAUGAACACGUGGAAAAAAACUCAUCUAUAUCUGCUGAAUGUCAGGGUGGCUACACACAACAGUGUUCGAGAAUGUAUGUAGUGACUUAUACGUAUAGAUAGAAAUUAAAAAUAUAUGAUAGAGAAAUAUAGAGUAAAUCAUUCGUAUUCACCGCGGUAGCUCUUUUGAGACGGCAGGAUUGUUGGGCGCCUAUUGAGGGAUGAGUGCAAUGAGAUUUCGAUUCAGAGGGCUUGAUUUUAUUACGCAUUAGGUUCCCUCCGUGCACCCACUUGUACAAAAUCAGCCGUGCGUCGGUGGAUGAACGAUCUUUUAAGAAACAGAGCGCUGUGUUACGCUCAGGCCUGGUACCAAAUAUUUGACUCGCUGAAUAUUUUAUUAAGUUUCUCAGUGGUGUUUUUUCGCCCAAAUCAUUUAAAUGUAGCUUUCCUCUCAGAGAAUCAGAAGUUAUUUUAUAUAUUUUAAUAUAGGAGAUAUAUUUAUGAAAUUUUGAUCUUUCGCACUUGUAAAGGGUACAGCCAAAAUUGGUGAAAGGUAUUUCGAAAGGUGACUCGUUUGGUUGUGAGGUGCAUUUAUCUGUAGCAGUAACAUCCUUAACUUUCCCUAAAAACAAAAGCUUAGUUGUAAAAAUAGAUUUGUUUGAAGAUUGAAGCAUUUAAAAAAACCCAAAACCAUUUUUUGGAAACAAUGUGUAGAAUAUGAAACGCAUCAUUUGUUAAAAACAUAUUUUUCGUCUUUAGAGUGAUUGUUUUGUUUUACUCGAUUGAGCCCAGUGAUGAAGGAACAUACAGCUGACGACUCCGGGCCGGAUCCAUACCGAAAGUCAGCGGAUCCGUUGCAGAUCCGGUGUCAUGAGCAAUUUGGUCCCCCCGGCAAUUUUGCCCCCUUAGGACCCCAGCGUGAUUCCAUUGGCUGAAAAAACUCCUCAUGGGUUGUUUUCUUAGCACCUUAUUACAAUUCCUACAAAAUCGCGUUAUGAUUUAUGUAGUUAGAACGUUGUUAAAAUUACAAUUGAUGUCUUUUAAAUGACAUGUUUCAUAUAGUAGUAUAUAAAUGAGGCUAUAGGUGGGAGAUCUACACAUUGCUUGUGUCAUUUUAUUAUUUAGAUUACUGUACCCUUUCCACUUUUGUACUGUGUAAAGUUAAUAAAUUACUUACUACAUAGCUGAAUCACACAUUAAAAUUAUAAUUUAUAAGCCAUGAUUACUACACUUUUACUAUUAAAAAAAAACAUUUCGUAAGGUAUGUUAAUAAUUUACAAAAAUGUAAGUUUUGUUUUUGUAAAGCAGAUGUUGACACAAAAGUACUGACGUAUUAUAUUAUUUUUUGUUAACUUUUAUUUUAAAAAAAAUGUUGUAUACUUCGAUUUUGUACUACGUAAUUAGACGAGAUAUAGCUUUUUGACCAGGCAUUAGUGCUAGGUACCAAUCGGGGUCCUAGGGGGGACCGAAUCGCUCAUGACACCGGCCCAGUGUGCCCUUUAGAUGAAAGAUGAAGGAAAUGUUUAUUCAAGUAUCCGGUUUCGAUUUGUGGGUUCAUGUAAUUCUGCAUGUCAGACUGAAGGUGCGUGCUGAGGGGUUGACCUUUGACCCGGAGAAAGCUUAGACAGGUGCAACGUUCGCCCUCUGGUUUAACCUUUGUGUAGCACGUAUCUCCGAUAUCCUCCUUAAUAUGACUGUUAAUUUGAUAUUAUAAUAAGUUAAUGUAGUGCGUAAAUGAGUUUUAAUGCUAAAACUAAAAGCUAAGGUGGUGAUGCAAUAAUCACGAUUUGCACAUUUAAACCACGUUUAGUUCGAUACAUCGUACACAUAAUCCGAGUAAAGGAUGAAUUUAUGCAUAGAUUUUAGCUGUUGUGUAAAUAUUAAUUUCGCCCUAAGCUCAAAACGUCAAUCUUGCCAUAGUUUCAUUUCAGCAGGUGGGACUAGAGGAGACAUUCAUGCAGGCCUUUUUAUGCAGUAUUAUUGGUAUUGGAGCCCUAAAUAAUGGGUGAAUCGCAGCCUAUAGAAUGCUGAGGUGUUAAUAUACAGUAAACCAAUCAAAAGUGGCGUAUCCCUGCCUCCAGUUCCACCCAGCGAAUGUAGCACUAGAGAGAAAGAGACAAAAAAUGGGCCGAACGAUGACGAUUUCAAUGAGGAGCUUGAAAAGUAAAGGAGUACUUAUUGCACAAAUUUCCAUGUAUGAGUGAACAUAGUUUGAACUUAGUCUUCAUCACAUCAUGUUUGCUUUCUGCAGAGAAAGAGGUAAUAUCCGGUUGAGCACACGAAGCUCCUGGCUUGAUUUUUUGGGAUCUAGAUGGUUUCUCUAAUGGGUGGCAGGACUGAGGGAUUUUAUUUCCGGAUAGCACCACGAUGAGCUGGCUUAUCUGCAGACCCAGCCUGUAAUUCUGUGUCUAGACGAGAAGCUGUAAUUGCAUUACAUUAUUUUCCUGCGUUCGGGGGUUGAAUUCACAAAUGGUGAAAUCAUGCCUCGGUUGCUUUGUUUUGAUGAGCACACAAGCAACUUUUGUUUCGAUUGGCGGUGCGGAUGGGAAUUGUAGUCUUGAGCCAAAUGAAAAUGUUUAGUCGAUGUCGUGCUUUUGGUAGAAUCUGAAGGCAUCAGCGCUGAUCAUUCAGGUCUCUCAUUGAAAACACAGAGGUCGUUCGCAUUUCGGCGCAUUUAUUCAACUUUAGACCCCAGGUGUUUUUUUGAAACCUCUGUGAGACGUCUGCAUGGUCUGUCAUUUCCUCCUCUACUUUUGCUGAAGCUCUUUUGUUUCAUUUCAUUGUUCUUUCAUUUGUUCAUUUAGAUUUGAAAAAGAAUACGCUACAUAAAUCUAAAGAUUCAAUCACUUUUUCUACUCCUGUUUUCCAAAAAAGUGAAACGAAAAACCAACCAAAAAAUUGGAUUUGUAAAUAAGUGAUUGUACAGUUUGUAUCUGUAUCUGUCAGUCUGUCUUUGGUGACAGAGUGUGUCUUGCUUAACGCACGCUACCAGUAAAUAAAAACUAAAAAAUAUCUUUAGAUUGUAUGGUUCUUGACAGGAAGUUUUAAAUUAAUCUCUGCUGUAUAUUCCUGUAAUAUUGCAUUUUUAUCUGAGGAAUGAUGUUAUUAAACUAUUGCAAAUAAAGUGAAUUUCCUAAGG